GGGAGAGAAUCAGGGAGAGGGAAGAGGAGAGUUCUUUACUGGAAAGAACAGUAAAGACUUGGCUGCUGCUGAAUGCACAGGUUUCUCUAUCUCACAUACACACACUCUUCCUUUUCCAUCUCUCUCAGUCUCUGUGUCUUUCUCACACGCACACACACACACACACACACACACACACACACACACACACACACGUGUUGCCCAGUACAGGGAGAGUAAAAUGGGAGGCCUUCAUUCAUCACGACUCAUCCAGGCUUGAAUCGGUCCAUUCACUCUGAGUGUGAGUGGAGGGAGUAGCGGGUGGAGCACAUCAGUGGUGGACACAGGUGUGGCUCAGAAGCAGUCAUGAGCGGAAUACUGAAGAGGAAGUUUGAGGAGGUGGAGGGAGCGUCUCCGUGCUCCUCACUGAGGGAAUCGGAAGAGGAGGAGAUAUCGAGCAGCGAGAGUGGAGACAGCAGCGACAGCGUCAACCCCUCUGCCUCUCACUUCACGCCAUCCUCCAUCCUGAAGCGUGAGAAGCGGAUGAGAACUCAAAGGGUGCAUUUCGAGAAGGUGACGGUGUAUUAUUUCAGCCGGCGGCAAGGCUUUACCAGCGUGCCCAGUCAGGGAGGCAGCACCUUGGGCAUGUCGAGCCGACACAGCUCGGUACGGCAGUACACACUCGGCGAGUUUGCGAAUGAACAGGAGCGCAUUCACAGGGAUAUGCUGAGGGACCACCUGAAAGAGGAAAAACUCAACUCCAUUAAACUCAGGCUGACUAAAAACGGUUCCGUCGAGUCAGAAGAGGCGAAUGCUCUCACAGUUGAUGAUAUCUCAGAGGAUGACCUGGACCUGGACAACACAGAGGUAGAUGAGUACUUCUUUCUCCAGCCACUGACCACCAAGAAGCGCCGCGCUCUGCUUCGGUCAUCUGGUGUCAAGAAGAUUGACGUGGAAGAGAAGCAUGAGCUAAGGGCAAUCAGAGUGUCACGUGAAGACUGCGGCUGUGAUUGCAGACUCUUUUGUGACCCAGAGACUUGCACCUGCAGCCUGGCAGGUAUCAAGUGCCAGGUGGACCGUAUGUCAUUCCCAUGUGGCUGCACUAAAGAGGGCUGCAGUAAUGCAGCUGGCCGGAUUGAGUUUAACCCCAUUCGUGUGCGCACGCAUUUCCUGCACACCAUCAUGAAACUGGAGCUGGAGAAGAGCAGGGAGCAGCAGCAGAGCUCAGUCACUGGUCCUGCUUCUGUCCCUGCCCCUAAUGGCAAUGGUUAUCACAGUGACACCAAUGGCCACUGCAGCCCACUGACAUCAGGGCAACAUGCCUUAGAAUAUUCUGUUCCCGAUCCCGUCCAGCAGACCGCCAUCAUGCACCUGCAAGCUGUUGAUGAUAUGGAUGAGGCCUUGGAGGAGGAAGAGGAUGAAGAGGAGGAGGAGGAGGAGGAAGAAGAUGAUGAGGAUGAAAAUGAAGACGAUGAAGAUGAGAGCAGCAGUUUGUGUAGCCUGUCAGACUCGAGUACACAGAGCCUGGCGAACAGUGACUCAGAGGAGGAAGAGGAUGAUGAUGAUGUUGACGAUGACGAAGAUAAAGGAGAGGAGUUUGAGGAUGGCCUAACCAUUGCUCCUUUGUCACAUAGUGAGGUGGUUUCUCCAUCCUCUGUGAUGUGCUACUCGGAGAACACAGUCACACAGGAGAAUCAAACCAAUGGCAACGGUUAUUUUAUUAACUCCACAGCUGAAUACUAUCAGAUGGAGAAUGCCAGCUCAGCAUCACUUUUAGCAGCUGCUAACCAGGUUAGUGAGAGCUAUGGAGGAGAUUCAACCUCAUAUCAAGAAAGGGUGAACAACACUAAUGGUGUGAUGGCACCAGGAGCCUUUAACAUGACCACUGAGCAUUACACUGACUAUUCACAGCCAUCUGAGGAACAAUACACCAAUCAUCAUUUCACUCUUGCUAAUGGAUCGUCGGCCACGAUUGGCUGCUGUGAACCCGAACCUGACAAAAGCAUGCAAUCAAAAGGGACCUUCCACAGCCAAUCAGGAGAGCUGAGUCAGAUGGAGUACCAAAACUAUCUGAACAAUAACACUGACGAGGGAUACACGACUAACGGGAACUGUUUUGUGGUAGAGCAGCCAAAGGAGGUAUCUCACGGCCUUUCUGAGGUUACCUCUUUAGCAGACACCACCAAAGGACCACCAAUACUGGAGCCUUUUCCUGAGCCCACCCCUGUUUAGAUACACACAUUACAUCUAUGAGGAGGAGAUACAAAUGGUAAGCUAUCAAGUGUUUGAUUCGAAUACCACACAGACUCUAAUAAUGGGUUUUGUUUCCACACUUGACAUAGUUUAGUCUGAAGACAUGUACGAUAUUCAUCAUCAUGUAUUUUUCAAUGAGCCAGAAAAAAAAAUCCAUAAUUCUAAGUGCAAAAUGAGAUCAUAUAAACUGUAAGCUUUAGGCCUGUGCAAUGUUAUCUGGUAUUUCAAAAGUCAAAGUUCUAGUUUUGAGCAGAUAUUGUGGAUAGAACUUUUCUAUGUCUAUGUGUCAGUGGUGCAAAAAAAUCGUUGCCGUUCAUUAAUAUAUUAAAGAAAAUGUGUAUACUUAAUCAUUUUGAUAAAAGCGCAUGUUUUUGUAGCUUUUGUUGGCAAUCUAUGGUUUUUGUAUUGAUUGCAUCGAUGUACUGUAAAAAAACAAAACAAAAAAAAACGGUUAAGUUCUUGUUGUUACAUAUGUAUAUCAUGCUUUUAAAGCAUUUGUAAAAGCAUGAAGCCUGAUCUUAAAAUGUUUGCUGUUUUUGCAAUACCAAAUUAGAUGAUUUAAGUUGUGAAUAUAAUACACUUCAUGAAGACAAUGCACUUUUCCAGAGGCCAUGGCAUGGCAAAUAGACUUCAGCAGAGCACGGAUAAGGUGAACUAUCUCUUACUGGACCAUUAUUUAAUCCUCAUUACACCAUUCAGGUGGUAAGAGAAUGAAAGAUUUCUUGAUUUUUAGCAUUUCCAACUAAUAUCUUUGGGAUUAAACAGGGACAUCUGAUCAAAUGCACUUUGAACAGCAUAAAAUUAAUUUGUUUCGAGGCAUUGCAUUUCUUUUAAAAACAAAGUUUUGUGUUCAAAUCAGUAAAGAAAAUGUUUAUAGGAGAAAAGAAAGAAAGCAUAUUUUGAAAUUUAAACUGUAGAAAGUUUAUUAACUUAAACUUCUAAUAAUAUGGAGAACCUAGUGAAAUCUAGGGAUAAAAAAGGUCUGAACUUGUAAUAAGGCUUGUAUUUCUUCAUAUGGGUAUUUCGCAAUUUAUUGUUACUUAAUAGUGUAAAAAAGAAAUGUAUAUCGGAGAAUUUGAUAAAGGAGCAUUCCAAAUUUACAGUAAUGAAUUGACCCUUUUGAGAAUCAAAUUAUGUUUUGAAUUCUAAAAUGUACAAACUAUACAUUUAUAAUAUAUGAACAAAUUAUUUUUAAAGACUGAUUAGUCGGUCGAGUGCAAUAGUGUAACAGGAUACUGUAACAACUAUGGUCAUUUCUGGAGGUCUGCACUUCAUUGCCAGUUAUGACUUUUAACUAAUUUAUUGACUGAUCUUGAAAUUAAAUUGUAUUUCACGCACAAUUACAACAGUGUUACAUAUUCCUCAAUAGUGUUUCGAUGAAAUGUAAGCUAUUUUUAAACAGAUAGUUGUUUUUCAAGAAGCAGAGACGAGGACAAUCAUAUUCCUGCAGUGAUCUUGCCAAUGUAUAGAAGAACUACAGAGUUCACUCCAGCCAGCAUUUUAGAGCAGGGGUAUAUGCCAUAAAUUAAUUUCGCGAACAAAAUUCUAGACUAAACAUUGAAUAAAUAAUUAAGUGUAUCUUAAAGAUAAAAAAGAAGAAUAGUUUGAAAGGUAAAGUGGAACAUUGCCUUUGGUGUGACUUAACACAAUGUUAAUGCCUUUCUUUGUUUUUUUUUUAUUUUUUAUAUUUCCUUUUUAAAAUAAUAUUGGAAUAUCUUGUCACAAGACAAACUAUGUCCUUACACUUUGAGUUUGCCUUUGACAUUUAUGUCCUAUUGUUUCCAUAAGUUGUAUGUAAGGUUUUUUUAUUUAUUAUUAUUUUUUUGUUAUAAUUUUAUCUCUCGACUUAAUGGACAGUGCUCGUAUUGACCUCAUUCUCUGUUGGAGUCCAUCAUAUGAAGUGAUGUCUUGGCCGUGCUGUAGCAGAAAGCAGCACAUACAGCAUUGGUACAACACUCUGUUUGCAGUAUUUAUUCUGAAUGAUCUAUUGAAAUGUGUAUUUAUUGUGAUUUCCUGAAACGGUAUGUGCUGAAUAAAACAUUUCUUUGCUA